CCCGGGAUGGAGGCGGCGGCGGCGGCAGCGGCGGCUGCGGGCCGGGCCCUGCGGCGGCGGCGGGAGGGAGGAGGUGAGCGUCGCGCCUGCUGAGCCUCCCCAGACCCGCUCGCCAUGCCCGGAAUCGUGGUGUUCCGCCGGCGCUGGUCUGUGGGCAGCGAUGACCUCGUCCUGCCGGCCAUCUUCCUCUUCCUCCUCCAUACGACCUGGUUUGUGAUCCUCUCCGUGGUACUCUUCGGCCUGGCGUACAACCCCAACGAAGCCUGCUCCCUCAACCUGGUGGACCACGGCCGCGGCUACCUGGGCAUCCUCCUGAGCUGCAUGAUCGCCGAGAUGGCCAUCAUCUGGCUGAGCAUGCGGGGGGGCAUCCUCUACACGGAGCCCCGCGAGUCCAUGCAGUACGUGCUCUACGUGCGCCUGGCGAUCCUGCUCAUUGAGUUCAUCUACGCCAUCGUGGGCAUCGUCUGGCUCACCCACUACUACACCUCCUGCAAUGAUGUCACUGCCAAGAAUGUCACCCUUGGGAUGGUCGUCUGCAACUGGGUGGUCAUCCUGAGCGUCUGUAUCACCGUCCUGUGUGUCUUUGACCCCACGGGAAGGACCUUCGUCAAGCUGAGGGCCACCAAGAGGAGGCAGCGGAACCUGCGGACGUACAACCUGCGGCACCGCCUUGAAGAGGGCCAGGCUACCAGCUGGUCGCGCCGGCUCAAAGUGUUCCUCUGCUGCACGCGGACCAAGGACUCCCAGUCGGACGCCUACUCAGAAAUCGCCUACCUCUUUGCGGAGUUUUUCCGAGACCUCGACAUCGUGCCGUCUGAUAUCAUCGCGGGGCUGGUGCUUCUGAGGCAGAGACAGCGGGCCAAGCGCAACGCGGUGCUGGACGAGGCCAACAACGACAUCUUGGCCUUCCUGUCUGGGAUGCCCGUCACCCGAAACACCAAGUACCUGGACCUCAAGAACUCGCACGAGAUGCUUCGCUACAAAGAGGUCUGUUAUUACAUGCUCUUUGCCCUGGCUGCCUAUGGUUGGCCCAUGUACCUGAUGCGGAAACCCGCCUGCGGCCUCUGCCAGCUGGCCAGGUCCUGCUCGUGCUGCCUCUGCCCCUCCCGCCCCCGCUUCGCCCCCGGGGUCACCAUCGAGGAGGACAACUGCUGCGGCUGCAACGCCAUCGCCAUCCGCCGCCACUUCCUGGACGAGAACAUGAGCUCGGUGGACAUCGUCUACACCUCCUGCCACGACGCGGUCUACGAAACCCCCUUCUAUGUGGCUGUGGACCAUGACAAGAAGAAGGUGGUCAUCAGCAUCCGGGGCACCCUGUCCCCUAAGGACGCGCUGACAGACCUGACGGGCGACGCCGAGCGGCUCCCGGUGGAGGGUCACCACGGCACGUGGCUGGGACACAAGGGGAUGGUCCUCUCUGCCGAAUACAUCAAGAAGAAGCUGGAGCAGGAGAUGGUCCUCUCACAAGCCUUCGGGCGGGAUCUGGGCAGAGGAACCAAGCACUACGGCCUGAUCGUGGUGGGCCACUCUUUGGGGGCCGGCACUGCCGCCAUCCUCUCCUUCCUCCUGCGCCCUCAGUACCCAAGUCUCAAGUGCUUUGCCUACUCCCCCCCGGGAGGCCUGCUGAGCGAGGAUGCCAUGGAGUACUCCAAGGAGUUUGUGACUGCCGUGGUCCUGGGCAAAGACCUGGUCCCCAGAAUCGGCCUCUCGCAGCUCGAAGGGUUCCGAAGGCAGCUCCUGGACGUCCUGCAGCGGAGCACCAAGCCCAAAUGGCGCAUCAUUAUUGGGGCCACCAAGUGCAUCCCCAAGUCGGAGCUCCCCGAGGAGGCCGAAGUGACCGCCAUGGCCAGCAACCGCCUCUGGACCCACCCCAGCGACCUGACCAUCGCCCUGUCGGCCAGCACGCCCCUGUACCCCCCCGGCCGCAUCAUCCACGUGGUGCACAACCACCCAGCCGAGCACUGCUGCUGCUGUGAGCAGGAAGAGCCCACGUAUUUUGCUAUUUGGGGGGACAACAAGGCCUUCAAUGAAGUGAUCAUCUCUCCGGCCAUGCUCCAUGAGCACCUGCCUUACGUGGUCAUGGAGGGGCUGAACAAGGUGCUGGAGAACUACAAUAAAGGCAAGACCGCCCUGCUCUCUGCAGCCAAGGUCAUGGUGAGUCCCACCGAGGUGGACCUGACCCCAGAGCUCAUCUUCCAGCAGCAGCCCCUGCCCAGCGGCCUCCCGGGAACCACCAUCCACUCCCUGGAGCCUCCGCCAGCCGCCCAGAGGAGCAGCAGCAUCAAGAGCCAGUCCCAGUCCGAGAUCAGCCUGGAGGGUUUCUAUGAGACCAAGGCCUUGUCCCCCGCAAGGAAGGACCCGGUGGAGCUGCUGCUGCUCACCACCCAGGAGCGCCUGUCGGUGGAGCUGCAGGACCGGCGGGCCCCCCUCGCCACCAUGGAGAGCCUGUCGGACAAUGAGUCCAUCUACAGCUUCGACUCUCGCCGCUCCUCCGGUUUCCGCAGCAUCCGGGGCUCCCCGAGCCUUCACGCGGUCAUGGAGAGGGACGAGGGCCACUGCUUCUACAUCGACCCGGCCAUCCCGGAGGAGAACCCUUCCCUCAGCUCCAGGACAGAACUGCUGGCCGCCGACAGCCUGUCCAAACACUCUCAGGACACGCAGCCGCUGGAGGCCGGGCUGGGCGGCGGCAGCGCCGGGGGGAGCCCGCGGCGCCGCUCCAGCGGGGAGGAGGGUGGCUCUUCCCCUGCGCCGGCCAGGGGGGAGCUGACCCUGCACAACGGGCGGCUGGGGGAGUCGCCGAGCCCCCAGGUCCUGGAGUUCGCCGAGUUCAUCGACAGCCUCUUCAACCUGGACAGCAAGAGCAGCUCGUUUCAGGACCUCUACUGCAUGAUGCUCUCCGAGAGCCCCAGCGGUGACUAUGGCGCGCUGCCCAAGUCGGUGAGCGAGCAGGAGAUCCUGCUGCGGGCCCAGUACGAGCCGAACCUGGUGCCCAAGCCCCCCCGGCUCUUCGCCGGCUCCACCGACCCGUCCUCGGGCAUCUCGGUGUCCCCCUCCUUCCCCCUCAGCUCCUCGGGAGAGCUCAUGGACUUGACCCCCACGGGCCUGAGCAGUCAGGAGUGCCUGGCCGCAGACAAGAUCCGGACUUCUCCCUCCGGGCACCCGGCCAGCCCCUCCAAGCAGGAGGACCUCGUGAUCUCGGCCCUCUAGUUCUGGGGGUGGGGGGAGCUCGGACCCACCGCGCCAAGCAUGCAGCAGACCCGGGCCUGGGGUCGCCGUCCCCGCCUGACCGCCGGCAACGGCCGGCGGCGUCACGGAGGGCCGGCCGGAGUCCCCGGGCGCCCGCGCGGCUGGGGAGGGAGAGGCCGAGCUGCCGGCGCAGGAGAGUGGGAUCGCAGGGUCCGUUUCCCUACCUCAGCCCCAGUUGGUGACGGCUCCUGGGGUCCCCCGUGAGCCGGGCGGGGGGGCGAGCUGCCCGGGCGGCACCAAAGCCACGACACGUCUGGGAAGGGCCAGGAAAGGGCCGGGCGGCGCUUGGCCUCCCGUCCCCCUCUGCCCCUCCAGGAGCAGCCCAUCCAGAGCUCCUAGGAACGGUCAUUCGCUCUUCCCGUGGGCCCCGCCCCGGCCCCCACCAGGCUCGGGCCCUGCCAGCCCAUCUUGGUGCCCAGGGCCUGGGCGUAAGAAGGGGGGUGUCGUAGCAGUUGAUUUCUCUGACUGUUCCAUCUCCUCCCUGGCCCCCAUCGGCUGGCUCUCCCCGCCCCCCACACCCCUGGGUCGCCAGCGUAGGGGCUCGGCGGCCGUCACAAACCACGUGUUUACAGAAGCCAACGGGCUCAGCCGGGACCUUUCUGCUCUGGGCGACCUCGCCUGCCCUGCCCCGAGGCAGCUGGGGGCUCUCUGGGCAGGGGGCACCCGUCCCGGCUCCCCUCCCCCCCCGCACUCCUCCAAGGAAGGAGCCUUGUGGGCCCAGCUCCCUCCUCAGCCCCGGGACCCCCCAUUUAGUUGCACUCGCCCUGUGCCCCGUCCUGCUUCGAGGGGAUGUCCCAUUGAGGGGACCCUACGAGUUUGACCUGAGGCUUUGAGACGGACUUUCUGAAGGGAAGGGUCCCACAGGCUCUUGGGAGGACACUGGGGGGUCCCAGAACCUGGUAUCUCCGCACUGACCUCUCCCUCGUAGGCCCACUGGCUCCGGCCUCGGGGCUGCCCGCCGGUCCCUCUCAGAGGGCCGCCCCCUUCCCUCUGCACCCCCCAGCUGAGCCCCAGCUGCAUGGUGAGCUGUACCGCUUCAGAGAGGAGGGAAAGUGGGCAUGUGUGCUGCUUGCUGGGUUGUCCGUAGGCCUCCCUCCCUGCCUCCCUGCCAACUGCAUGCAUUCCCAGAGCUCAGGAUGCUUUUGGAGAGAGGGUCUUUGCCUGCUCCCCCCUCCCCCAGUGUCCAGACACCUUGGAUGCCAGUAUUUGAAACGAAACCCUUUGCUACCUCCUCCCCGCCCCGCGGCCGGGCCCCCUGCUCCAGGGCGCAGCUCUGGGUCCCUUUGAGAGGAACGCCGGAGCGCCUCCUGCUGGGAGGCCGCGUCCGUCCCCACUGCUGGCCCUCGCCCCCGUUAGCGGCAAGGGAAGGCGGCCCCGCCGCUCGCUGCCCUGUGAGGAAGGGGCAUGAAGGCCUGCUUGGGCUGCCUUAGAAAGGGACGUCUGGGGGCCCUCCCCACGGGAGGGUUCUGUGGCCUCCCUCAUGCUGCCAUACCCACAGAGGUGCCCAUCAGAGACUGAGCCUCCUCCCGCCACCAGCCGCCCCCCUCCGGGGGCAGGGCCAGGGGUAAGCCUGGUGUCUGUUUCCUUGCUGAAUCGGGGGGACGCCCGGGGAGAGGGUGAGGGGUGAGACUUUCACCCCCGGCCCUCGCCAGCCGGUACGGCCCGGCGGCUCGUGCAUGUGUGUGUGCCGGCCUCUCCCCUGGGGUCCAAGGAAAGGGCGGCAGCGCUGCCUCGCUCCCUCUGCUCGCCUUUCUCCCCGGCUCCUGGGGGCGACGGCCGUGGCGUGCGGCUGCCGGCCCCUCCGGGCUGGGGUAGAGCAUCUCCGUCUCUCCUCCCGACUCUGCCUCGGUUCCCUUCAAUGGAGCCUCUCUUUGGGAAUGGCCCAGAUGCCGGCCUCUUCCCAAAGAGGGCGUCAGGAAGCCAGCGAGUGAAGGCCGCCCUUGGAGGGGCCUUCCUCCCUUUGCCCCCUCCCCCAACCCCUGUUUUUCCUGGGCUUCCAUCCUGAGCACUUUGAAAGGAAGGGAACGUCCCAUGAUGCACCUGCGCAGUAGACCGCCGCGGCAGAAGACCCUGCCUGGGGGUGGGGCCCGGCGUGGCAGCUGCUGCCUCCUAAGGAAGAGGAAUGAGGCUCUACGCCUGCUCAUCCUCGCCCCCAUCCGCGCCCCCGGCCCACCUGCGGCCUCCUCCCUGCACGGAAGGGAGCUGCCGGGGCUUGGAAGGUUCCACUCCCACCAUAAGCUUGCGUCUGGGGGGACGGGAUUUAGUGUCUGUUGGAGGUAUCCUUCUCCACGGGAUCGCCUCCCCCCACACCCCUUGCCUCGGCCCGCCAAACUCUCGCCCCAGAGGCAGAGCUAGCUGGGUGCUCCAGAACCCCCGGCCUCCCCGACGCGCCUCCCCAAAGGCUGUAGCCACACCGUGUUACAGGGCCGGGUUGGCUGGUCCCGGGUCCCAAGGCUCCUCUAUGCUGGGGAGGGGCAGGUUCUCUCCCGAAGGGUCCCGAGAGCUCCGAGACACCGGGGCUCUGCCUCCAACAGAGAAGAACCUCUACGUGGAAGGGGUCACUCCAUUUUUCCCUGGACCAGCAGGGAGCCAGGAGCAGCCACCUCCUCCCUCUAACCCCUCCCUCGCCUCUAGCACAGUUCCCCUCCACUUUGCCCUCCGAUCCCUGCCCUCAGUGGCCCUGUGCUGCUUCAUUCUCCAGGGGCCGCCCGAACCCCCAUAUGCAAUCACUAAGGAAGCAACCAGGCCCCCCCUCCUCCCCGCCCGCCUGUGGCCCCCACAGACAGUCGCGCACUCCACGUGCCAUUCCCACCUGAUUUUUUUUGUAUCUAAUGUAUGAAAGAUCCAAACUAAUAAUGCUGUAAAAAAGGAGAGACAAAUUAAUAUAGCUUAUUCUAUAAAUCUAUCUGUAUAUAGAGGUUUCUGUAUAUUGUAUAGAGCUGUGUAUAAACUGGUUGUAGAAGCAG